AUGGAGACCUUUAAUAAGGGUAGUUUGAUGAUGAUUAGCAGAGAUAGUAAUGUUAGCUUUUGGAGGGGCAAUUUGCUGAGUAAAGGACCUAUCCAGAAUUUGAUUCAAGGGCCUUUAACUCAAGGUGCAACUCACUUGGAAGUGAAGGAUGUCCUAACAGAUACAGCUUCACCUAGAAACCCAACCCGAGUAGUGAUAAAGAGCAUCAGAUGGGAGAAGCCAGCAGUGGGAUGGAAGCAAUUAAACACUGAUGGUUCGGUUUUUUGUAGCUUUGGACAAGCAGGUUGUGGUGGUGUUGUUAGAGAUGAAUAUGGGAAUUGGAUAGUAGAGCUGGAUGCUAAUGCAGUGGUUGAUGUCCUAAGGAACUCUAACUAUGAUAACAAUAUUAUAUCUCCUAUACUAGAUGAUUGCAGCCAGCUGGUGUUACGUUUCCAGCAAAUUCAGAUCAAGCAUUGUUAUCGGCAAGCUAACCGAUGUGCAAAUUUGUUGGCCAAAGUGGGAGUGGUGUAG